GACACUGGUAGGAACCAACAUCCAUUCGUUCUCCAAACCUCCUCGUCUUCUGCAGGGUUGUGGCAGAGACCGACAGUCGCACAAAUUUAUAGCACAAGACCCCCUUGCUGACUAAGAUCACAGAUAGUUGAACUUUGAUCAUGGAUAACGUUUCUGCUUUGAAUCUGAACACAAGCAUUUCUGGGUGGCAUCCUCCGCUGUGGUACAAAUUUGACGAGUGUGCUGUAGCUCCUUAUGGGUUUAUCUUCUACUUCUCUGUCAAAGUAAUUAACUUCAUUGUAGGAUUCCCGAGCAACGUCCUUGUGAUGUGGCAGAUUUUGACAAAGAAAAGUGAAGGCUCAACGUCCGACAUCUUCUUUUUUAACCUGUCCAUUAUAGAUGCAUAUUUCUGCCUCAUGACACCUGUAGACAUGAUUAACUAUCUUUACCUGGAUGAUCAAGGCCUCUGGUACUUUCAACGAUUUGCUUACGGCCUGAAAGACAUGGCUCCCUUAUUCCUCACCUGUAUUUGCCUUGACAGGUACAUCGCCGUGGUCCAUCCCAUUGUAUUCACAGGGAUUCGAGACAAUUGUAUCCGGAUGGGUGUCUCUGUGGUGGUGUGGGGACUCAUCCUACCGUACACGUUGACCAAGUGCAUCCUGAAUGUUCUGAGUGUGUACGAAGUGUUCAGUGGAGUCAUCCUCUUUGCAUUCUUCCUCAUGGUUUUCUGUAACUUGUCCAUCAUCUGGGUUCUCAGGAAGAGUGUAGCCGGGAAAGAAGUCAUGAAUCCGGUCAAAAAGAAGGCCUUCAAAACGGUUAUUACAGUUCUCGCCAUCAUCGUGGUGAAUUAUCUUCCUCCAGUGGCUCUAAUGCCGUUUGCAUCAACCUACUCAUUUGUGGACUUUCGCUGUAAGAUCACCGUCGCAGUGUUCUGCAUCAUGGACCUGAGCUGUACAGUUGAGCCUCUCCUCUAUGUCUCUAAGAUGAAGCGAUCUGUGCUGUGUUGCUGCAUAGAGAGUCGCUCAAAGAAACCCAUCGACGUUAGCGUCUGAAACCCAGCAAAGAACCGCCUGAAACUUUUCAACUGUCUGCGCAUCUUCUCAUACGGUGUGUCCCCACUCAAUUAUAUUCUAAUUUUUUUUGUUUGUCACUUGGUAGAUGCCAAAAAUCAUACAUUAGUUA